GCUGCCUCCUGUAGUAGAUCAUAAUUUUUAUAUUAGAAUAAUGACAUGUGACUUGAACCUCCCAUUCAUGUAUUCUUAUCUAUAAAGCCAAGUCAUUCCAUGUGAAGUUAGAGACAACCAAAUAUGAGUAUAAUCUCUUAUUACAACGAGGAAGAAAAGGGAAAGGUUCUUGAGGACCUGACCUCCAAUGUGAAGCAAAUACAAGAUGAUUUGUUGAAAGAGAUACUCACCCUUAACUCAGGAACAGAGUAUCUCCAAAACUUCCUUCAUGGAAGCUCUGCUAAAGAGCUCUUCAAGAAAAACUUACCAAUAGUCACUUAUAAAGAUGUGAAAACUUACAUUGAUCGUGUCGCGAAUGGAGAGCCAUCGAAUGUAAUAUCGGCUCUACCCAUUACAAAUUUCUUCAACAGUUCGGGAACUUCUGGAGGAGCAAACAAAAUACUACCUACGAAUAACAAGUAUUUGGAUAGCUCUGCAUCCAGUACAGAUCUCAUCGCGCACGUUAUACGCAAGUAAGAGUGCAUAACAUAGUUGUUGAUACAAAAAAAACAUCAGAUUCGUGAAUGAUUAUAAUUUUUUUUAAAUAUAAAUAUUAAAAUUUGGAUAUUCGAUUUCUAAGUUUCGGUCAGUUAUUGAUCUGAAUGGAAGUUUCUGAAAAUCAUUUUGCAAAAUAAAAUUGCUAACCCUUCGGAAAAUGCAAAAAUUAUACAGUAAAAGACGGGAUAUAUCAUAUAUACAAUAGAGAAAGACAUGAUAAUAGAAAAAUACAGGAUAAUAAACAAAACAGCUAACCAAUUCAUUAAAGAUAGUUUUCGGAGUUUGCCUAAUUAUUUAAAGAUAGUUUCUCAAAAUUUAUUGAAACUUUCAUACUUACUAAAAAGUUAAAAGAAAAAGUAAACUAGACCAAUGCUUAAAAAUGAGGGGGGGGGGGGUGGAAGUCUUUAACUCUGAAAUUUUAUACUUAACAAAAUUGCCAUUAUCAUUUAACAAUAAUAAUAUACAGUAUAAUGAUAACAAAAAUAAUAUUUUAAUAAAACACACAUUUUUUGCAAUCGGCAUUUGUGACCUCCUUUUUAUGAUAAUCAUUUGCAAUCGAGGUUUGUAUUUGUUUUUUUAAGAUCUUAAAGUAGAUUUACUGCAAUUUGAAAAAAAAGUAUGUGAUGAUUAGCGGUGAAUGUUUUUUCCUCUAAGAGGUUUUAUUAGUAUUUGUGGUAGAUUUUUUUUAAUUACCUAAAAAAUAUUUUUGACAAAGUAUAUUUAUUUGAUGCUGGUAGACUUGUAUAUUGAUUUAUUUUCUAAAUGUUGGUAGACAUCUAUAUAUCAGUUUGUGUUUCCGACUAUCGUUUAUAUGUAUCGCACAAAUUUACUAUAGGUGUAUAUAAAUAUAUGAUUACUCUCAUAAUAUGUAAAUAUACAAAUCUGCAGUUGCUUUGUAUAUGAAUAUUAGACUUUGAUCCGCCAGUGUUUUUUAUGGAUCUAAUUUGAGAAUGGUUACCAUUUAAAAAUAGUCUCACAUAGUCUUGGUUACUCGUAUCCAUAUUAAAUAUUUAGGCAAGAAUAUUUAUUUGUCAUUUGAUGAUAUUUAUUGUUCCACAGGAAUUUUUUUUUUAAUAUGUGUCUAG